UAGGGUAUGCUAGACGAAAAGUAUAGAUGGAUUGCAGAGUGUUUUCGAGACACUAUGGCUGGGGUGUUUGGAGGCAUUACAGCUGUUUAUUCUACUCAACCUCUUGAUACGACUAAAGUUAAAAUGCAGACAUUUCCUAAUGAAUAUCGUUCUGUAAUAGUGACAUUAUCGAAAACUUUCAAGCAAGAAGGCAUCAGAGGUCUGUAUGCUGGAUCCAUUCCUGCUGUUCUUGCCAAUGUUGGUGAAAGUGCAGUAGCAUUCCUGGCUUAUGGAAGGAUCAGUUCUAUAGCUCAAUAUAUGACUGGCAGUAAAAGCCAUCAAGAGUUAUCCUUGUUGAGUCAAGCUUUCUGUGGGGCUGGCUCUGGAGCAUGCGCUUCAUUUGUCCUUACACCCACUGAACUGGUUAAAUGCAGACUACAGACUCAGUAUAUCACUGGAAAAGCUGCAAAAGGUGUACCCACCACACCAUUUGCCAUGUUCAUGCACAUUGCUACUAAAGAGGGACCUCUAAAACUUAUGAGAGGGUGGACGCCAACAUUAUUGAGAGAAACGUGGGGCUAUUUUUAUUUCUUUGGUGGCUAUGAAGCAGCAAAAAAGGUUCUAAUGAAAGAUCCUGAUGAAAUUUCUUUAUGGAAAACUGCUGUGUCAGGCGGUGUUGGUGGAACAAUGUGUUGGGGAUUUGCUUACCCAAUAGACGUCGUCAAGUCUCAGGUUCAGGUGGGGUCUCUUUCUCCUUUAAAUGCAAUGAAGAACAUUUACAGCGAAUUUGGUUAUAAGGGAUUUUUCAGAGGAAUAACUCCUUGUUUAAUGAGGGCCUUUCCUGGUUGUGGAGCCUUGUUCGUAGCAGUGGAUUAUACAAAACUAGCCUUUGACAAGGUAGUCUUUAAGCCUUACUAAACUAGAGGUAAAUAUUUAUGAAUUUAAUUUGAAAUUGAGAAUUUUUACUCUUACUCUUGUAAUCUGCUUAUAUUUUAUAAAUGAACGGGUUUCUGAUCUAGGUUUAAGUUAUUAAUAGGUUAAAUAAGUUAUUUAUUGUAGCAAUAUAUUAAUACAGCUUGAUCUAUGAUGUUAUUUUAAUGGAAAGAUGUCAUGUAAUAGUU